CCUCCUCCUCCUCAACGGAUCCUAUUCAGCAAUUGCACUUUUCUCUUUCAUUUAUUGAACUUUCACACACUUCAGUCGCAGAUCUGAGCGCGGAAGCUAACUUCAAACUUCAGGGGGAGGAAAUGCCGCUCAAAGCAGAAGUUGCAGCGCCCACCGCUACGUGCUUCGUGCGUAUUCUGGAGGUUUGAAACGGCGUGUGUUUGCGUUUGAGACGUGGAGCUGUAGAAGCGUAGAAGUACAGCGUCCACCAAAUGAAACGGGCACAAGUUCGGCCACUUUCCGUGAAGUUUGUCGUGGUUUAAAGUUCACGCUCCAUGAGUCCUAUCGAGAGAACAGCUGUGCCGUCGGGGGACGCGGCGCCCGACGCCAAGGACGACUCGGAGAUCGGCGUCGGCCCCCCGGUGGAUGAGGCGGCGCAGCGCGCCGACGAGCCGGCACCGACCCGCCUGUACAAACGGCGCUGGAUGAUCGUCCUGCUCUUCAGCUCCUACUCCCUGUGUAACUCCUUCCAGUGGAUACAGUACGGCAUCAUCAAUAACAUUUUCAUGAAGUUCUACAACGUGGACGCCUUCACCAUAGACUGGAUGUCUAUGAUCUACAUGCUGACAUACAUCCCCUUCAUCUUCCCCGUGACCUGGCUGCUGGACAAGAAGGGGCUGCGGGUCAUCGCGCUGGUGGCCACGGCGCUCAACUGCGCGGGCACGUGGAUCAAAGUGGCCAGCGUCAAGCCCAACCUGUUCCCCGUCACCUUCCUGGGGCAGUUCUGCUGCUCCUUCGCGCAGGUGUUCAUCCUCGGGAUGCCGUCGAGGAUCGCGUCGGUGUGGUUCGGUUCGGAGGAAGUGUCCACCGCUUGCUCCAUCGGAGUCUUCGGGAAUCAGCUGGGGAUUGCCAUCGGGUUCCUUCUGCCGCCCAUCCUGGUGCCCAACGUGGACGACGUGGACGAGCUGGCGCAUCACAUCAGCAUCAUGUUCUACAUCACAGCAGGAGUGGCUACUCUGCUCUUCAUCCUGGUGGUCAUUGUCUUCCAGGAGCGUCCUAAACUUCCUCCGACUCUGGCCCAGGCGACGGCUCGCAGCAUCCCACCGGAGGACUACUCCUACACAGCCUCCAUUCUGAGGCUGCUCCGAAACAGACCCUUCAUCCUCCUCAUCAUCACGUAUGGUUUAAACGUGGGUUGUUUCUAUGCCGUCGGCACGCUGCUGAACCGCAUGAUCAUCGAGCAUUACCCUGGAGAAGAGGUGAAUGCUGGGAGAAUCGGCCUCACCAUUGUCAUCGCGGGGAUGGUCGGCUCCCUCAUCUGUGGCAUCUGGUUGGACAAAACUAAAACCUACAAGCAGACGACCCUCGCAGUGUACUUCAUGUCUCUGGUGGGGAUGAUCAUCUAUGCUUCCACACUCAAUCUGGGACACCUCUGGCUGGUCUUCGUCACCGCUGGUUUGCUCGGGUUCUUCAUGACCGGUUACCUACCUUUGGGCUUUGAGUUUGCGGUCGAGCUGACCUACCCAGAGUGUGAGGGAACAUCGUCUGGACUCCUCAACUGCUGCGCGCAGGUGUUUGGGAUUAUUUUCACCAUCUGCCAGGGCAAGAUCAUCGACGGCUUCGGCACCCUGCCAGGAAACAUCUUCCUCUGUGUGUUUCUUCUAAUCGGCACAAUAAUGACAGGCUUCAUUAAGUCUGAUCUGCGGAGACAGAAUGCAAACCGCGUGGCCAAAGCAGCAGCGGAGAAGCUGAUGUCGGGACAAGACUACGGAGCCACGGCGCUAAUCUCCCAGCCGGACGCUCCUCCUGCAAAGCACAAUCAAUAAUUCUGCUUCCACGGCAAAAAAAAAAAAAAAAAUCUCCUCAAAUCUUAGCUCUACACGCAAAUACUGAAAGGUAAAUCACCUGCACAGCCUUCACCCUCUUUCUGUUGAACCUUCCUUUCUCUCACUCUCUUCCUCUAAAUCACACUGAAUUCAAGUUACACAAUGUACGUAAAUAUGGAAGCCUUUUUUUGAAAAAGUUGUGUCUUUUUCAGACACGUCUUCUCUUCAUUUCCUUUUGUGUACAGAAUGUGUGUAGCUGGAAUGUUUUUAAAGUCGACAAAGAUUGAGCACGUGGGAAGGAAAUAACGUGCUGCGACGUGACGAGCUGAAUGAGUUUUAUUUUUUUAUGGGCCUCACUCAUUCGGACAAAUUGUCAAGACUCUGCUCCAAAAUCAACUUCCACAAAGACAAAGCACAACUUCUGUGUUGUGUCCAUAAAAGUGUUGAAUUAACAGGCCUGUUUUGAUUGAUAGCGACCUCCCGACUGCCACGACGGGAGCCCGGCUGCAGCGUCCAUCAUCAGCCAAGCCGCGUUUUAAACGCACACAGUAACGCAAAGGCCUUCAAAAUGGCCUUUGAAGAACAUCCUGUUGCAGUGUGACGCAUUUCACUUCCCUUCUGAGAAGAGUGAGCUUCAUCAUGUUGUAACUAUUUAUAAAUUAAAAAUAAGUUAAAUCAUAAAAUAAUGAUAAUGCACAAUUUUUAGCAUGUAUACAUUUUAUAUAUCUUUUAAAAUGUAAUUGUAAAUUGAUAUUUU